AUGCCCUUUUUAUACUCUUUUCGUCUAUUUCUUGCUCACGCCCUUUUCGGCUUCAUCUGCUCGGGUUGGCCGCUAUAUGAACGUGGUGCUAAGAAUCUAUUCCACAUCUAUGCUUUUGGAGACAACAUCAGCGGCCUACAGGUUUUCUAUGCAGACGGAAUUGCAAAAAUUGGCGACCCGACGCAGUCUAAUGCAGCCGAAGUAGUUCCGGUUUACUUUACAGUUUCGAGCACAGAGGAAUACACAUGGCUUGCGCAUGCUGACUCGAAUAAUGCCACCUGGUCAACCAAGGUUCUCUACAUGGCCGAUGGAGGGUCGGGUGAAGUUGGCUUCACUUCGUCCGACUCUACAGGCAAACUUACCGAUGUGUGGUGGAAUUAUGGUCAUUAUGUCAUGGUGAAAGUCGACGAGGCAAAUUUCUAUGCUACGCCUAUUGCCGGUGCUACUGGCUGGUACACUUUGUCGUGGAGCAAUUCGGGCCAGGAAGGGUCAGGCCAAACGCUGGUGACUUUGAGAACCAUCGAGCCCUCCACUGGAUCUGUUCUGAGUUGA